UUUUAGUUUCUUGGUGUUGGCAACACAGGUCCCGUGUUUAUAAAAUACAUGUCAAAAUGUGAAGUAGAGAUCUCCAGACAAAAAAUAAUAAAUUACAUUAACAUUAUAACUUUUUUACGAGAAUUCGAUCAUGCAACCAGUGUAUAAAAAAUGUUUCGUAACAGUUGGAACGACACGUUUCGAUCUCUUAUGUAAAUAUAUGCAUUCGUCGCCGGUUCUGCUUGCUUUAAGAAAAAUAGGAUGUGAAGAAAUUACCAUGCAAAUAGGAAACAGCGACUUUGAACCAGGUGAUUUCGAGAAAAACGGUAUAAAAUUAUACCUUUACAGAUUCAAAGACACACUAAAGGCGGAUAUAAGUAACGCCGAUUUAAUAAUAAGUCAUGCCGGUGCUGGCAGUUGCCUAGAGGCUUUGGAUGCGAAUAAACCACUACUAGUCGUAGUAAAUGAAGAUUUAAUGGAUAAUCAUCAAUUAGAGUUAGCAGAUCAGUUGCAAGUCGAUGGACAUCUUUAUUAUUGCACAUGUGAUACAUUAGUGAGCACUUUAGAGACAGUAGACUUCAGUCUGUUAGCACCAAUGUCCAAACCUAGGCCUCUCGCUUUUGUUAACUAUAUAGAUAGUGUAUUUAAGGUUAAGGGACAAUCAUAAUUGGUAUCUUUAUUCAGAUAAUUUAUUAAUUAUUGUAAUAUGUUGGCUGAAGUAGUAUAUAUACACACUAUAUACUACUAUAUAUAGCAGUCUUCACAUAAAUAUUAUAUUCUUUUUACAAAUCUGUCUGGAUCUGUAAAAUAUUAUCCUAAAAAACAUUAAAAUAUAUUAUUAUUUGCUGAUUUA